AUGGAUCAAAUAUUAUCAAAAGAAUUCGAUUUCGAUGGUAUACGUAUCAAUGCGCAUUUGAUAGUACUUUAUGAUGAUAUCCUCUAUUCCAAGAUUCAACCUUUAUAUACUAAUCCUUGGAACCCAAUAGAAAGUAAUCCAUUUAAUCGUGAAAUACUUUGGCCAUCUUCUUACUCACGAUCGUCUCCUUCAUACAAAUUCAUCGCUACUAUCAAUGCAUUCCGUAAAGCAUUACUUGGAGCAUUCUUCUCUUCAUCAUCUAUCAAACUUGGAUAG